AUGUUUGCACCUGUGCACACCAAGCUCGCAUCGCCUUUCUCACGGGUGCCAGAUGCCACGCACAUCAUUUUGAUUGCUCCCCGUGCUUCUGGAAGAGCAAACCCAGUGGUUUGGCUGCUUUGUACGAGAGCUUACAGCGACUACUCUCUGGAUCACCUCAUCAUGAGUCUUAGCCGGCGCGGGGCUGUUCGAUGGGAUUGUGCGCAGUGCCUUCACCUCGCAGCCGGUAGUUUAGGCCAGGGAUCCCACGUGACGGUUUUUGGAGGCAUGUCACUCCUCCCAUUGCACGAAGAGCACCGUGUGGUUGUCGCUUCGAAAGCAGACGUGCUGAAUAUGAGCAAAGUCCACAACUUCGAGCGGGAGGCUGUCAAGAUUUGGGACAAGCUCGACUCGGCGAUGGUCCGUCGAGAAGUGGGCUUCCUGCAGCAGUCAGCAGGUCAUCCAAACAUCUCAGCCCUUUUGGGUGUCUACGCAGAGGCACAGAAGUCCAGUGUAACGUGGCUGCUUGCGAUGGAGCAUUGCGCUGAAGGUGAUCUCUUCAACAUCAUGAAGGCAAAGUCUUUGCCGGUGGGGCUCAUUCUUGGAAUUCAAGCUGGCUUGUCAUCAGCAUUGACACAUUUGCACUACUUGCACAUCGUCCACCGAGAUGUUAAAGCAGAGAACGUGGUCAUGCACAAGGAUCGCGCAGUGCUCAUUGACUUUGGCAUUGCCGCAUACCGCAAUGACCGGCAAGCCAUGUUCCAAUCCGUUGGAUCGCCAGGCUAUGCCGCCCCAGAGAUGAUAGCUCCCAUCAUGCUGUGCUAUGACGAGCUUGUGGACGUCUUUGCCCUGGGAGUCCUGAGUUACUUCAUGAUGUUUCGAGCUCUGCCAUUCAGGGGAAACACUCACGCUGAGACGCUCGAGAAGACCCGGAACUGCCAGGUGGAGAUUCCCGAUUUGAACGACGACGGAUUGCGUCCAGUUCUAUCUUUGGUGCUGAGGAUGAUGUCCAAGGAAGCAAUUGAUCGGCCAAGGGCCAUGGUUUGCUUCAAGGAGCUUACUAUCCUGGAAUCUCUUGUGACGGAGGGCGGCAAGUCUCGGGCAGUCAGGAUUGCACAUGCGGCCCUGAUGCACUAUGGAUACCUAGAUACACCUGGAGAGUGUUGCCUGGAAGAGUUCUGCGGAAAAGCUGAGCAGGACACAUCCGAGGAGGCUUUGCCACGCGCUGGAGCUGCUGGCUCCUUGACGGCGAGAGCUGGUCGUAUAUUGACUUCGGCGAGGAUGCGGAUCCGGACCAUGCCUGCGCCGUUACCGCCAAGGGUCAGGCAAACAGUGUCCAAAGCUCUUCGGAGCAUGUGUCGCUCAUCCAACACAAAAGUUUCAAAAGCUCCGCGGGAGCCGGAGAACGGGACGGAUUUCCAUUGCCCUUCUCGUGCAUUUGGCUUGCCGCCUAGCGGGGAUGCAGAAGCAGAUCCGGCAGAAUCGAUUGGAGCUCCUCAGAAAGCCAAGGACGCGCUCCCCGGCAAGGUGGUCUCCAACUCUUCGAAUCUGGCCGAAGAAGCGGUGAAGCAUGGAGGAGGCACAGCGGCGAUUGCCGGCUGCAGAUCGACAGUAAUCGUGACUGACACCCAGAAUGAUCAAGAGAGCAAGCAGGAGCAUGCCGAUAUUCUGCUUGACUUUCCUCUUUCAGCAAGAGUUGGCAAGCUCCCUUUGCACGAGGACCUCGAUGACAUGUUUUCGGAUCACCCGCUCCCACUCGUAGCUACUCGUAGACUCCAGGAUCAUGGCCGUGCAUCACCAGAUUGUCCAGUAGCAGUGGGUGCAUCAUGGCAUCAUCCGUCCGCAGGCCAUGAUGCAAUCAAUGCACAGAAAAUGUUCAACGAGCCGCAAGAGGUGCUACCAAGAGAAGCAGAUCCCUUCGAGUUUGCGCCUAUAGUCAGUGGCGACCUUGAGUGA